UGUCAAUGCAGAAGCUUUUUUGGCAACCUGCGGCGGCAGAGUCAUCGCCAAUAAAAGGCACUUGAUAAAGAUGCAGCGGCUCUCACAGGUGUGUAUUGAAAUGCUCCUUCCUCUUUCUCACCAUCCUUUCUGUUAGUUGUCAGGGGUGUUGUUUACAUCGGUCGGCAACAUGGCCGUCUACGGCGUUCUGCUCUCUCCACUGCUCGCCUCUCCAAUUCUGUCACUGUUGUUACUACCAAUCGCUGCCCUCGUCCUGCGCUUUCUCUACCGCGCCUCUCCCUCACAUCCGCUCUCACAUGUCCCUGGACCUCUCAUUCCGCGAUUGUCCUCCCUGUGGCUGACAUAUCACGCUUGGAUUGGCGAUGAAGCGACCGUCACCGACGCUCUCCACAAGAAAUAUGGUCCCAUUGUCCGAACAGGACCGAACAGCGUGGACAUAGCUGACGGCGCCGCACUGGCAUCUAUUUACACAGAAAAAGGCGGAUUUGGAAAGACCGACUUCUACGCCAAUUUCGACAUUGACGGUCACAAGUCAAUCUUCUCAGAGACAGACCCUGCCAGGCGUGCACCCCGCGCAAAGGCUGUGGCUGCUCUAUUCUCCACCACCAACUUGAGACAAGGUCAGGAUGUCAUAUACAAAUGUGUGGAUCGCUUCGUGGACCGGCUUCUCGAAAAUAAGAGCGGGGACAAUGCGGGAAAGCCUGUGAAUGUGCUGAAUCUUACGAGAGGACUGGCGGUCGAUGCCGUCUCGUCCUACCUUCUGGCUAACAGUUAUGGAGCUCUCGACGAAAACGGACACCGUGAGGAGAAAAGAGCCGUGCGAAAAGAGGUCUCCGGCUCUCCAGAUUCCGACAACCAAGAACAACACAUGAGCGCCAGUGGUAUGGUCGACUGCUUUGUUGCAGUCGGACGAUUCUGGUACCUCCCAGCAUGGGCAUUCCAGAUGGUAGAGUCCUUUGAUGCUUGGUGGAAUGGAGGCGAGGAAGUCUCCAAGAGUCUCUCGCACGUGGACGAGUACGUCAACGGCGUGGUCAGCCAAGCCGACGCUGCAAUCACUGCCUCCAAGACCAGCGAGAAGACGUCUUAUCCUCUCACAUCGUAUCCUGCCCGACUCCUGCAAGCGGGCUUUACAGUCUCAGAAGUCCGCGCGCAAUGCAAGGACCUGAUCUUCGCCGGUACCGACAGUACAGGCAUGAAUAUGGGCACGAUUUUGUUCAACCUCGUGCGUCAACCCGAGUGUUACAAGAGGCUGCGUGAAGAGGUCCUCUCGGCAAAUCCGGCCUUCGACGACCUUCAAUCGCUGCCCUACCUGCGCGGUGUCGUCAAAGAAGCACUACGUUUGUCCAUGGCAAAUCCAUCUCGUCUUCCUCGGGUGGUUCCUGCAUCGGGCUGGACAUUCAAGAACACAUACUUCCCACCGGGCACAGUGGUGAGCGCUACGCCUUACACUCUUCACCUGAAUCCCGAGGUAUUUGAGGAUCCUUACGUGUUCAAGCCGGAGCGAUGGGCGGAGCCGUCAGAAGAGAUGCUUCGUGACGCCAUUCCGUUUGGCUUGGGCAGUCGGCAGUGUAUAGCAAGAAACCUUGCGACGGUUGAAUUGUUCUGCGCCACGGAACGGCUGGCUAGGGCAGAUGCGUUGGGUGGUGCGAGGACAGUCAAAGACAAGGUCGAGAUCCUCGAGUGGUUCAAUAGUAAAGUGGUCGGCGAGAGGAUUGACAUCAUUUGGGAAUAAUGGUUAGAAAGUGUAAAAGUGAAUAAUGCCGAUCGAUACCCAGCUACUAUAUGAGAAAAGUUUCCGAAAAUAUACAGCGACUGCGAGAUAUCGACUACUAGAUGUGAGGUACCGUAGAGGAC